AUGACGACUCCAGCUACCGUUGCGCCACCGCAAAAGAACAUUCUCAUUUCAGGUGCUGCGCAAGGCAUCGGUCGCUGUCUAGCCCGUCAUUUCCUUCAACGCGGCCACAAAGUCUUCAUCCUAGACUUCAACGAAGACGAACUCGCUCACACGGCCACCGUGCACCUCAAAGAACACCUGAAUAAAACGCUAGGCUACGCUCUCUGCAACCUUCGCUCUGUCGAUGAGAUUCGAGCUACUGCGAAAAAGGCUGCUGACUUCUUCGAUGGGCACAUUGACGUCUUGAUCAACAAUGGCGGCAUUUCAACUCCUUUCUGGAAAGACGGUGCUACCAUGGAGGACCAGUCCACCAUAGAUCAAUGGAUUGCCUAUGUCGAAACCAACCUCACCGCUCCAUUCGCACUUAGUCAAGCGUGUAUCCCCUACAUGAAAGUGUCUACUGAGGAUGAAAUGCGCAAGCUCGAAGGCCCAGGGCCGUGCAUUAUCCACGUCUCGUCCUUCCGUAUGCUCCAGUCUGACCCCAAUCAGGAAGGCUAUGCCUCCACCAAAGCCGGCUUACUGGGACUUACGCAUAGCAUGGCCGUCAGCAUGGCGAAGUUUGGAAUUCGGGUCAAUCUAAUCGCUCCGGGGAGAAUCAGGGUCGCUCAUGAGUGCAAGCAGGGUGAUGAACAGAGCAAGGAGUGGCAGAUCGAAGGGGACGAUGCAGAGAAGCAUGCAACUAACCGCGCAGGAAAGCCAGAAGAUAUCGCGGAAUGCGCAGAGUGGUUGAUUGGUGCCGGCUUUGUGACCGGGCAAGACGUCACCGUGGAUGGGGGCGUUACCAAAACCAAAUAG